UUAGCGUUCUUGAUGAACACGUUUCCCGCGGUGCGGGAUCGCAUGUUGGCUGAUCCUCGGUUCGCGUUUAAGCUCUUCGUGGAAACCGGGGCGGACGCGGCGAUGAAUACGGCGAUGGAGAUUAAACAGCGGGGCGAAACGUUUUGGGAUGAGUUUGAGUUCUUCGCGUGCGAUCAAAUCGCCGCGUUCGCGGUGAACACGGCGAUUUUGACGAUUUGUUCGCCCGCCAUCGUGCUCGGGAACACCACUCGAUCGAUGCGCAAGCUCGGCGAGCUGAGCGCCAAAGCCAACGGCGCGACCAAGUUGUGGUACCAGACUCGCAAAUACAUCGGCAAGCUGCCGCCGAACGUGUUCAUGCUCGAUCCCAAGCUCGGGUUGAUGGCGAAACUCGCGCGCGGUGGCGCCACAAUCGUCGCGAGGGGGGGACAGAUCUUCUUCGUAUCCACCCUGUGCGGCACCGUCGGUCAGGCGACGGCGAACAGUUUGAUGAUGUUGCGCCGAGCCGCGGGCAAGGACAAGUACAGCAAGGCGUACGCCGAGUCCAUCGACGAUUCCGUGGACCCGCCCGUGUUGGACACGGGCUUGCUCUGGGGACGCUUCAUGUGCUUUUCGGCCAACAUUCGUCAGCAGCUCGUCAUCGGCGGCGAACGCGCGGUGGAGCAAUUCGCGCGCGGAAAUCGCCGCCUGACGAACGGCGCCACGAUCGCGUUUCGAGUGUUCAACAACAUCAAGAGUGGGAGUGAUUUCAACGAUUUC